CACAGGUUGGGACAUAGCCCAGGGUCAGAAUAAAAGGACCUGUGGACUGGACUCUUAACAUCCACUCACUGGCUGAGGUAACCACAGAUCUUUUGCUACCACUCAUCUAGGUCCUGAAAUCCCACAGCUGAGAUGUCCUGCCAGCAGAGCCAGCAGCAGUGUCAGCCCCCUGCCAAGUGCCCUCCCAAGUGCCAGACUCCAAAGUGCCCUCCAAAAUGCCCCCCAAAGUGUCCUCCCAAGUGCCCGCCUGUGUCUUCCUGCUGUAGCCUGGGUUCUGGGGCCUGCUGCAGCUCUGGUGGCUGCUGUGGCUCCAACUCUGGUGGCUGCUGCAGCUCUGGGGGAGGAGGCUGCUGCCUGAGCCACCACAGACCCCGGAGAUCUCUCCAUCGCCAUCGCCACAGCUCUGGAUGCUGCAGCAGUGGUGGCAGCAGUGGCUGCUGUGGCAGCAGUGGCUGCUGUGGCAGCAGUGGUGGCAGCAGUGGGUGCUGUGGCAGUAGCCAGCAGUCUGGAGACUGCUGCUGACCUGGGUGUGGAAGACUUUAGACAAAUGGUGCUGGAGGAGCACAUGCUCAGAAGACUCCCUAAUGGUUGUGGCUCUCUCCUCCUGCUUCUCAUCUUGCCCUGCCCUCUGAAGUUCUGAAAUCUCAUGGGAAAUGUUCUGUAUUCUCCUCAGAAAAUGGCAAUCCCUCUUUUCCUCUUUGUUGCAAAUUAAACAAGCCUUGAUA